AUGCUGCUGCAGCUGCUCUCUGUCCUCUGGGAGGCCUUGUCCCUGCAGGUCGUUCUGGUGUUUCUGGCUACAUUUCUACUUCUUGCUGAUUACAAGAGAAAUAUUCGCCCAAGGAAUUACCCCCCAGGGCCCAUGCCUCUUCCUUUGCUGGGUAAUAUGCUACAUGUGGAUUUCAAGAAGCCUCACAUUUCAUUACAAAAGGUAAGGAUGAAGGAAAAACCUAUGGCAUGAAUUAAAUACUACACUGCUGUGCCAGAUUUGGGGUGGUGCAAGUGGUUCCCUGGCAUAGGGCACUGAGCCAAGUGGGCAAAGAAUUGAGAGGAUCGAUCAUUGUGAAGAUCCAUUUAUGUGUGCCAGAUUUUGGUCACUCUCAGGGUGCCAUACUACCAAAAUAUGCCCCUACAUUGCACUGGAAAGGAGUGUAAGACCCUGGCUGGAGAAGCAGGUUGAGAUGCUUCCAGGUUUAGCAUACUGAUUCUGAGAGAGGUCAGCCUCAUGUCUGUGAGGAGCCCAUGUGUGGGGCACCAAGAAAAAUGCCUUUCUUUUUGUUUCUUCCCAGAAUAUGGUAUCCAGAAGUGUUUUGCCUCUUAACUUUGAGGAUCUAUUUUAUUCUACAGUUAUUUGUAACAAAUCUGGGUGUCUUUGUAUGUUUUGUUGCUCCUUGUCCUACCUUCCCCACUUUUAUCUUUGCAACAACUCUGUGUGGUAGACUAGGCAAAGUUACUACAUGCAAAUAAGCAGCAACUCUUGUGAAUACAUUGCAGGUGGAGGAUGGAGGGGGCCUGUCCAUGUACAGACCCUGGAAACCAUUUUGACAUUUCUGAUGUCCCCGAUAUAUUUGAUGGCAAUCAAAGUUCCCUUCUUCCAUAUAGGCAUUCAAGAAGCACCAAGCAGACAAAUUAAUAUAUAAUAUAUAAUAUGUAGAGAGGCUUGUUGGGUGUAGUGAAGGGUUAACCUUCUAUGCCUCGUGCUUGAGGGGACGGGCUUACAAGGGAAGUAAGCCAGGACGUGACGAAAGCAGCUUGGAAUGUUGUGAACUGAGUGGAAAUCAAAAGCAUUCAGUUCAGCUGCUGCAAGGAGAGAGAGGAGGCAGAGAAAAUGCAGCUUAACACGUGUCGGAGCCAGCCGUUACAAGUGGUGCAGUUUAGCAUAAAAUAAAGACACAGAGAGCCAGCAAUAUUUUCAUGAUGGUAUGAGCUGCUUCUUUCGAACUUCCCUCUCCUCCGGUAACUUUUUUUAUUAUCCUUUGUCUCUCUCCAGCCGCAUGGCCGUUUGCCAAUGUCUCACGUUACCUCAUCCGGUCAAGGCUUUUAUUACACCCAUCACCAUAUAGGGUCAUCACUGCCCAGAGGAAACACAACUCCAAUACAUUCCAAUACAUUGUAAAGCUCAGAGUGCUGGUCAGCCGAGGUCAGGGGGCACCCUGCAAUAUUACAAGCCUUUACCGUGGCUUUAUGACUCCCACAUGCCCUCUUUCUUUAUUUUAUAUCAGUACCAAUACGGUUAUAUCGAGCACGAUAAGCGACUCUUUGACACCGGAAGCGGGCCGCGGACUGGAGAACCAUGCAGUACAUAUAGAAAUUAAGGAAGGAAUACAUUGGAUACAGCAACACAAAAUAAUGCAAAUAACUACUAUAAUGAUCACUAAAAUCAAUAAAUGUCGAAGCCAACUUCCAUCCGGAAGCCAAGAAUAUAAGAAUUCUGAUUCCAAGCUGCAUGGGUAGGCUUCCUUUCUAGUUUAUUAGCCAUGCACUGGUGUCACUCCUAUAGCACUGAGAUUGGUCACUGUAUGUUCCUGUAAGAGAACAAGAGCUAUUAAAAGUGAAAUUCAAUGUAUAUUGACAGUUUGGAUAUAUGCCCCAUGAUUCUUUCCCUCCUUAAUUUGAAAAUAAAUGGGGGGAGGCUCAUGGAGGGUCAAUUGUACUGGAGGCCAAAAAGUUUGCUUAGGGGAUAUAAUAUUAGUAAAUUGAAAAGAUCCAUUGACAGGCACACCAUGAAGCAUUAUGCUGGAAUGACUGGCAUAUACACCCAACAUUUAGAAGCAUGCAAUAAACUGGCAAACAUAAUCAUAUCUUGUACAAAAAUAUUAUCCCUCCAUAUCUUAUGAUAAUUUUCUCCCCUAAAAGUCUUAUUCAACAACGCUGUUCUUCUAGUUCGAAAGUGGCUGAGCUGUGGAUACUGCCAGCCAGAGUAGGAUUCUGGCGACAGCUGCUUGCCAGCCGAUGAGGUGAAAUAUGGUGGUUUCAACUGGACAGGGUCGUAUGCUUCUCUUCCUUGUAUAACGGUGCAGCAAAGGAUGGCAAGGCAAAUGGUUAGGAAGGCAAACACUGCCAGAUGCAGCUCGUGUGCAGCACCUCUAGGUGGCGCAUGCGGAAAGGUUUCAAUGCUUCACCCGCAAAAUGUUGACAAAGUGUAGGGAGUUCCGCAUGCCUUGAGGCAGGACAACCCACUGAUAUCGCUGGGUGGGCUGCGAAUUGUUAUAUGCUGGCAAUGUAAAAGCAAACCGUUCCCUGUCUGCUGGAGCCAGUGGGAUGAAGAUGGUUCAAUGUGGCCGAAAGUCAAUUGUUCAGAAAUAAGCUGGUCAGAGAUAGCUGGUGCCGCUGCUGAGGAUUUUUCUUUUGGUAGAGGCCACUGUUCUACCCCCACUGGGGUAUCGGUGAUCCUGGUUUGCCACACUGGAAACAAGUUGUAUCGGUGGCUACAGGCUGGUUUUCAUUUAGCGCUGUUGCCAGCAGAUGAGCCUUGUGGGUGGCUGUAGCUACAGACUGACAAAUGCGAAGCAUGGCUGCUGUGUCUGUGGCAGGAUUGUGUAUUAUCGGUCGUAACGCAAGUUUACAAUCCUCAUUGGCAUUUUCAAAGGCCAAUUGUUUGAUAAUUAUUUGUUUGGCUUCAGGAUUUUCAAUUUGGCGACUCACUGCUGUAAGCAGCCUAUCCAUAAAGGAAGAAUAUGAUUCUCUUGCCUCUUGCCUGAUUGAACCCCACCUUGAUUGAAUACUGGGUUCUGGGAUUUUUCUCAUUGCUUGUUUAGCAGCAAGAGCAGUGUCCCUCAAUAAGAUUUGCAGCAGUGUGGCUUGCACUGAAGCUUGAGCGAAGGGACCACGCCCCAUCAUGGCAUCUGUGACGUCUGCGAGGGUAACAUUUGGAUUAUUUCCUCUGACUUGUUGUAACAAGGCUGGAGCAUAAGCACGGCAGGCAGUUUCCCAUUCGUGGGCAAACAAAACACCAGCCGAUGGGGGUAACACUGUAUGGGCCAAAAGCUUGAUGUCCUCUGGAACCAAGAGCUGGGCUAAUGUGGCUUCUAAAAGCGCCUGCGUAUAUGGGGCUUGGAGUCCAUUGGCCUUUACUGACUGUUGCAGCUCUCUCAAGAUCUUAAAGUCAAAAGGUUGGUGUUGGGCUUGGGUGCCUGCUGGGGCACCAGCAGGGGGCACAAUAACAGGGAAUGCCAUAGUAUCCUGAAUUAAGGAACAGGCAAGGACUGCACGUUGAAAAGGUUCUGGUUCUGGUUCUGCUGCUGAAAGAGCAGGAUCAUUGCCAGCCAGACCACGGUAUUUUUGCAGGAUUGGGUCCUCUGGUGAGGAACUGCAGUCCGGAGGUUUGGGGUCUGGGGCUGCUGCUGGCAAGGCAAGUGCUGGAACAGAUGGCAGCACAGCAGGCUGAAUUAAAGAAGCUGAAGGUUGUGUUGGCAAUGCAGCCAUGGAGAUAUUUUUUGGUGAUAAAGAGCCCAUGGCGUAACGAACCUUGCACCAUGCAUUUAGAAUCCGAACACCUAUGCUGGGGUGCCCAUGAAAAUGUUCCCCGAUCUUGUCCCAAAGUUUUAAUUCCCAAGUCCCAUCUGCAGGAAACCAGGGGGAAUGCUCUUCGAUGGCCAGAAUGAGCUGUAUUAAAUCACCCUCCGGAACUUCCAAUUUGUUGGAGGAGAGGAGAAAUUUUAAGUCUUUUAAAAAUUUCUUUUGGGGAGCAGACAAAGAGCUGCCCAUUUUUCUAAAAUCAAUAGAAAAAAAGGGAUCAAAACUCACCGGGAUCUUUUUAAGAUGAUUUAGCGCUAUGGAACCCUUGCCGGGCGUGGUGAGCCGAUGAUAUCCUUUGCUUGGAUCGAAAAACCUCACACGGUUUCCUUUUAAAAUCCUCUUAGUCUGCCUCAGACUGUUUUCUUUAAGUUGCCUCACACGGUUUUCUUUUAAAAGCCUCAGACAUAUUCUUUUAUUCUGCCUCACACGGGGCACCACUUGUCGGAGCCAGCCGUUACAAGUGGCGCAGUUUAGCAUAAAAUAAAGACACAGAGAGCCAGCAAUAUUUUCAUGAUGGUAUGAGCUGCUCCUUUCGAACUUCCCUCUCCUCCGGUAACUUUUUUUAUUAUCCUUUGUCUCUCUCCAGCCGCAUGGCCGUUUGCCAAUGUCUCACGUUACCUCAUCCGGUCAAGGCUUUUAUUGCCCCCAUCACCAUAUAGGGUCAUCACUGCCCAGAGGAAACACAACUCCAAUACAUUCCAAUACAUUGUAAAGCUCAGAGUGCUGGUCAGCCGAGGUCAGGGGGCACCCUGCAAUAUUACAAGCCUUUACCGUGGCUUUAUGACUCCCACAAACACGGAUGGCUGUUGUGGAUUGUAAAUGCAGUAUUUUGUUUCCAAUAAAGAGAUAUAAGGACAGAAGAACCAUCUGGACUGAUUUACUGCCCUUUCGACACACAGGCGCUGUGUAAUUCUGCUAAUUGCUUUACGACCACUCCGAAGCCACACUGUGUAAACAGAAGCUGGAGAGGCUCACAGGGGAAGCGGGGCUGGGCGCCAAACAAUAAAGCAAUAAAACUAUCAUUUCUUACAUUCUUCCUCAAUCUCCAUUCAGCUUAUAGAAAAAUACGGCAAUGUCUACAGUCUUCAGGUUGGAAGCAUGAGGUUUGUGUUUGUGAAUGGAUUGCAUCUGGUGAAAGAGGCUCUUGUCCAUCAGGGUGAAAACUUUGUAGAUCGACCAAAUAGACCUGGUAUCCAGGAAAUAUUUGGGACAUCUGGUAAGUUUCUUUUAAUGUUGUCAAUUAUUUAGAUAAUUAAAUAAUUCCUUUUUAUUUUUUAUUUUUUAUGGUCUGCAUUGAUUGGGGAACCUUUUAGAUUAUUCCUCAAGUUUAAAUAUUCAGGACUCAUUGUUAGAUCUUUCCUUAAUCUUCAUUUUCAUUCCUUGCAUCUUUAAACUACUAGUAGUAAGAUGUGUCAUAAAAGUAUACCUACUAAACUGUUUAGAUUAACUGAACUCACCAUUCAGUAUUGAGUACUGAAGAUAAACAGCUUGUAAAUAAGAACCUGGCUUUAUUAUGGAUGGAGGAAUCUGUCGGUUUUUCUUUCAAUCAGUUCUUCAUUUUUCCAUUCCUCAGUUUGAAACACUUACACAUCAGUAACACUCCAGUUUGUGCAUUGUUUCAGCAAGUGAGACUGAAGUAAGAUUGCAUUUAAAUUCAAGAUGAACUGAAUUUCUGUCCCAUCACUAGUAGAGAUGGAAUAAUAGUUAGUGCUUAAGCGUGAAAGGAACAGGUAAUAUCUUCUUCAUAGUCAUUUAUCUGUUGUUGUUGUUGUUGUUGUUUAGUCGUUUAGUCAUGUCCGACUCUUCGUGACCCCAUGGACCAGAGCACGCCAGGCACCCCUGUCUUCCACUGCCUCCCGUAGUUUGGUCAGAUUCAUGUUUGUAGCUUCAAGAACACUGUCCAACCAUCUGGUAGUCUGUCGUCCCCUUCUCCUUGUGCCCUCCAUCUUUCCCAACAUCAGGGUCUUUUCCAGGGAGUCUUCUCUUCUCAUGAGGUGGCCAAAGUAUUGGAGCCUCAGCUUCACGAUCUGUCCUUCCAGUUAGCACUCAGGGCUGAUUUCCUUAAGAAUGGAUACGUUUGAUCUUCUUGCAGUCCAUGGGACUCUCAAGAGUCUCCUCCAGCACCAUAAUUCAAAAGCGUCAAUUCUUCGGCGAUCAGCCUUCUUGAUGGUCCAGAUCUCACUUCCAUACAUAACUACUGGGAAAACCAUGGCUUUAACUAUACGGACCUUUGUUGGUAAGGUGAUGUCUCUGCUUUUUAAGAUGCUGUCUAGGUUUGCCAUCGCCUUUCUCCCAAGGAGAAGGCGUCUUUUAAUUUCGUGACUGCUGUCACCAUCUACAGUGAUCAUGGAGCCCAAGAAAGUAAAAUCUCUCACUGCCUCCAUUUCUUCCCCUUCUAUUUGCCAGCAGGUGAUGGGCCCAGUGGCCAUGAUCUUCGUUUUUUUGAUGUUGAGCUUCAGACCAUAUUUUGCGCUCUCCUCUUUCACCCUCAUUAAAAGGUUCUUUAAUUCCUCCUCACUUUCUGCCAUCAAGGUUGUGUCAUCUGCAUAUCUGAGGUUGUUGAUAUUUCUUCCGGCAAUCUUAAUUCCGGUUUGGGAUUCAUCCAGCCCAGCCUUUCGCAUGAUGAAUUCUGCAUAUAAGUUAAAUAAGCAGGGAGACAAUAUACAGCCUUGCCGUACUCCUUUCCCAAUUUUGAACCAAUCAGUUGUUCCAUAUCCAGUUCUAACUGUAGCUUCUUGUCCCACAUAGAGAUUUCUCAGGAGACAGAUGAGGUGAUCAGGCACUCCUAUUUCUUUAAGAACUUGCCAUAGUUUGCUGUGGUCAAUGCAGUCAAAGGCUUUUGCAUAGUCAAUGAAGCAGAAGUAGAUGUCAUUUAUCUACUUAUAGGGCAAAUCCUGGAAAAAGGAUUACAGUUCACAAGCCAACCUAAGGAGGGAUAAUGACGUUAACAUAGCAAAAUGAAACAAAAAGAAAAAAAUCUAUUAACCACGAGGAAAGGAAGGGUGUGAAUAAUUACAGAAGGGGCUAGAAUGGGACCCCCAUUUUAAAUCUAAACCAGUUAAUUCCGGGGGGGGGGGGAUGCCUGAGUGGCCUAAGGAGAGGAAGGAACAAAAUAUAUUAACUGCAUGACUUCUUCACCUGUCAGUAUUUUUUUAAUGCUGCUUUUCUAUCGAGAGUUCCCACAGUGUUUAACAGGACAAAAUAAAAUUAGUAUUAAAAAUUCUACCCAAACAGUGAAACACACAAAAGCAUCAAUGAAACAGCAGUAACAGGAAACGGCAGAAUUCAGAGCAAACAGAUAAAAGCCACCAGCACAAAUUGGCUAGUUUCUAAUGCCUUGCAGUCUUUCCAAAUGUCAUCAGCAGGCAAGCAGAAUAAUGGAAAGCAAAGAGGAGUCCAUCUUGGAAUUAACAGGAUUGCUAAAUCUACUUACUUUCAGAUUCAGAAUAUUUUUUUUCUUGUUUUCCUCUUCCAAAAACUAGAUGUGUCUUGUGGUCUGGUGCGUCUUAUAGAGCAAAAAAUACGGUAGCUAGUUUCUAAUGCCUUACAGUCUUCCCAACAUGUCAUGAGCAGCCAAGCAGAAUAAUGGAAAGCAGAGGGGAGUCCAUCUUGAAAUUAAAAGGACUGAUAAAUCUACUUACUUGCUCUACGUACUUAUUACUCCUUCCUAUCUAGGACUGGUCUUCUCUAAUGGUCUCAUCUGGAAACAACAAAGACGAUUUGCCGUAUCAACACUCAGAAACUUUGGUUUGGGCAAAAGGUCUUUAGAAGAAAGAAUACAGGAGGAAAGCCGUUACUUAAACGAAGCAAUAGAAGCUGAGAAAGGUGAGAACCAGAGUCAACAAUCCUGUGGCCCACCUAUGAUACUUACCUUAAGUUGCUACUUUGUAUGAACUAGGUCAUGACUACAUCAGCUAGGUGCAAAGCUGUGUGGCAUUAUUUCUUCACACAAAUGUAGCUCUCCUUGGACUGGAAUGACCCUGUGAUGGCAAAGGGGGUGUUGAUAGGAAGCUCCACAGAGGCUCAUUGUGGUGCACAAAAGUUCUAGUGUGAAGCUCUGUGUUGGAACCUGCCAUGGGAGCUAAAAGCCCCUGAACUAGAACAGAAUAAGAACAAAGGUUGGGUUUUGAGGAUAUCUGCAGAUUUUUGAUAAUUUCUACAACCAACGUCGCAAAUAGAGUAGGGUUUGAAGUGCAAUAUUUCUGGUAUAUCAGUGUGUCUCUAUACUGUCUCUGAUGGGGAUGGUCCUUAUCCUUUUUGACAGCCAUUGUUACAAAAAUGCCCUUUCCUGACCUCCUGCCUCUCAGAUCAAUAUCACCAUACUGCAGAAUAAUCAUUGCCUAUAGAGAAUAAAUAUAAAUGGGCCUCAGAGUCCUGAGUGUCCCAGGUUAAAUUAUAAGAUAUAAUGUUAAUAUGAAAUGAUUUCUUCAGCUAAAACAAAUCCUGCCUCAUCAACAUCCAACCACUUUCCCCGCCUUCUGUUUUUGUUAUAUGGAAGCUAGAAGCACCCCAAUUCCUUCUGCACCAUUUUCUCUCUCUCUCCAGGGCAGCCAUUUGACCCUCAAUUUCAGUUUCAUAAUGCUGUUUCAAAUAUCAUCUGUUCCAUCACUUUUGGGGACCGCUUUGAUUACCAUGACAGCCGUUUCCAUAAUUUAUUGCACCUGUUUGAUGAGACAAACCACCUUCAGGGAAGUUUUUGGACUGUGGUAGGUCUUCUUUGAGUUCAACAGAAUUGCUUUGAUUCCAGACACAUUCCCACAUUCUUGCUGACUGUGCAAUCAUUUGCUUUGGGUCCUCCUGUUUCUUCAUGUUCUCAUUCCUGUUUUCUCCCUUACUAUUCAUUCAAGUCUCUUGACUCAUCCAUAUUCCUUUGCCUUCUAGCUUUUUUUAUCAAGGCACUAAAGACUUUACUAUUGCAAUGUGUAUUACAGCAGAGGUUGUGUUUUUAAGAGGCUGGAGGUAUGCGCAUAUCCAUUCCUCAUACGCAGGUGUCCAGUGACCCACAUCCAGUGGAGCUGUGGGCAUGCUCUUAGCAUUAGCAGAGUAUCAGCAAAGAAGUGAGGCUGUAGGUAUUUGGCAUCACAAAAGCUUCUUUAUUUACAAAAUAUCAAAAUAACAAACAUGGCUGAGUGUCAGCAGCAGCUUCACACAUCUCCUCUGUCUGAGUCUGAGUUCUGUUCCCACACUCCUAUCACUAUGGAAUGUAAAGAGUGGAUCACGAGAUCCAGCAGCAAAAAGAGAAUGAAAUUACUAAUAGGAAGGCUGUCACAUGUGUGACUGAAUAAAAUCUCUGUGUAUGUGAACAGGGUGUGACUUGAUCCUACACAAACCUGUUCUAAUCUGUGAAUGGAAGCCCCAUGCAGAUGCAUAACAUUAAAGGGAAACUCUACAUAUUCAUGACAUGAGCAGGCAUUGAUAAAGGCCUUUUUCAAAUGAUGGCAAUCAUCUUCUUGAGAAGUCAAUCAGUGAAUUACAAGUUGUGUUCGUAGAACUAACCACAAUGAUGCCAUUUGAUUUGCAAUCUCUACAUUCUAACCAAGAAGUUAAGACAUUGCCAUGGGGUACCAUCGUAAGCAGUGGUGAGUGCAAUAUUUGCUCUGGUUCCAAGAGAGUCUGCCAUCUUUGAGCCUGUGCACACCAGCCUUUAUUACUGCUAGCUCCUUUCCCAUGACAACGACAUGAUGUGAAUGCUUUUUUGAGAGGGUUUUUCCUUCACAUAUAUGAUAUUAGUGUUUGUUUCCUCAGCUGUACGAUGCAUUUCCUACUGUCAUGAAGCACUUGCCAGGGCCCCAUCAGACACUUUUUAAAAAAUGGGGGCAGCUGAAAUACUUUGUGAGAGAAAUCAUUGAAAAACACAAAGAAGACUGGAACCCAUCUGAACCCAGAGACUUCAUUGACGCCUACCUAAAUGAAAUGGCCAAGGUGAGAGAUGAAAAGGUAAAAAAGUAUGUAUCUUUAUUAACAAAACAGUAGUAGAAGGCAGCGAAGCAAUAUUAAAAACCAGAACUAGUCAUGUGGCUUGUCUGAAUGCUCCUUAGUGCCUGACCAUAUUCUGUCUGUUGAAUUUAUGACUUCAGACAAAAUACAUUUCUGCAUGCACAGAAUAUGAGGUCAUGUAUUUUAUGGGGAGACACCUCCACACUUGUUCACUGCUGGGAUUUCACCACUAGUCGGUGGUUUGUGAGAGCAAACAGUUGACAUGACUAAAAGAAUCUCUGCAGUGCAGGCAUCUCAUGACUAAAGGAUUCAGUUGCCUGAAUAAACCCAGACCAGGAAUUAUUGACCAGAACAAACCCAAGCUUUAUGCCAGCAUCAGAGAGUCAUAGGACUCUUGACUGGACCUUCCUAGAGGCAGGAUUGUUGUUGUUUAGUCGUUUAGUCGUGUACCACUCUUCGUGACCCCAUGGACCAGAGCACGCCAGGCACUUCUGUCUUCCACUGCCUCCUGCAAUUUGGUCAGACUCAUGUUUGUAGCUUCGAGAACACUGUCCAACCAUCUCGUCCUCUGUCGUCCCCUUCUCCUUGUGCCCUCCAUCUUUCCCAACAUCAGGGUCUUUUCCAGGGAGUCUUCUCUUCUCAUGAGGUGGCCAAAGUAUUGGAGCCUCAGCUUCACGAUCUGUCCUUCCAGUGAGCACUCAGGGCUGAUUUCCUUAAGAAUGGAUGCAUUUGAUCUUCUUGCAGUUCAUGGGACUCUCAAGAGUCUCCUCCAGCACCAUAAUUCACAAGCAUCAAUUCUUCGGCGAUCAGCCUUCUUGAUGGUCCAGCUCUCACUCCCAUACAUCACUACUGGGAAAACCAUGGCUUUAACUAUACGGACCUUUGUUGGUAAGGUGAUGUCUCUGCUUUUUAAGAUGCUGUCUAAGUUUGCCAUCGCCUUUCUCCCAAGGAGAAGGCAUCUUUCAAUUUCGUGACUGCUGUCACCAUCUGCAGUGAUCAUGGAGCCUAAGAAAGUAAAAUCUCUCACUGCCUCCAUUUCUUCCCCUUCUAUUUGCCAGGAGGUGAUGGGCCCAGUGGCCAUGAUCUUCGUUUUUUUGAUGUUGAGCUUCAGACCAUAUCUUGCGCUCUCCUCUUUCACCCUCAUUAAAAGGUUCUUUAAUUCCUCCUCACUUUCUGCCAUCAAGGUUGUGUCAUCUUCAUAUCUGAGGUUGUUGAUAUUUCUUCCAGCGAUCUUAAUUCCGACUUGGGAUUCAUCUAGCCCAGCCUUUCGCAUGAUGAAUUCUGCAUAUAAGUUAAAUAAGCAGGGAGACAAUAUACAGCCUUGCCGUACUCCUUUCCCAAUUUUGAACCAAUCAGUUGUUCCAUAUCCAGUUCUAACUGUAGCUUCUUGUCUCACAUAGAGAUUUCUCAGGAGACAGGUGAGGUGAUCAGGCACUCCCAUUUCUUUAAGAACUUGCCAUAGUUUGCUGUGGUCGACACAGUUAAAGGCUUUUGCAUAGUCAAUGAAGCAGAAGUAGAUGUCUUUCUGGAACUCUCUAGCUUUCUCUAGAGGCAGGAUUAGAGUCACUGAAUCCCCUGGUGAUCUCUUGACAUGUGGGGCUGUCAGUAGGAUGGUGUUUUUAAUGACAGCUGAACUCCCUGGUGCAUUUUCUUUGCUUUAAGGAGGAUGCCCCUUCCAGUUUCCAUGAAGAAAGCCUCCUACAAUCAACACUGGAUCUGUUUUCUGCUGGAACACAAUCAGUUGCUGCAACCCUGCGCUGGGCUUUGCUGUACAUGGCCAUAUACCCAGAAAUUCAAGGUAGAACUGUAGUUGACUCAUUUGCCUUUCAUUACAGUCGGAAUACUGCAGCUUCAGGUAGACUCGUCAGAAAACACACAUUCCCCUCAAUAAAAGAAUGAAGUCUUAAGGCAUUGCUGAAACUUGACUAGUGAAAGUCCUGUGUGCUUUUUCAGUUGAAGGGAAUUUCACAAAUGAGAUACCGCUACUCAGGUGGGUCUAUCCCUUGUCACCAUCUACUGGGUACUCAGUGGUGGGACAUCAAGGUGCAGUUUCCUUGCAGAUAUUGGUUUAUGUCUGUUCUCCUUGUAUUGAUAGCAGAUUUUCUUUUCUCUGCAGCAAAAGUCCAAGCAGAAAUAGAUUCUGUGAUUGGCCAGUCUCGCCAGCCAGCAAUGGAUGACAGGGACAGCAUGCCGUAUACCAAUGCGGUUGUUCAUGAAAUUCAAAGAAUAAGCAACACUGUACCUGUGAAUACGCCCCGGAUGACAACUAAGGACACUACACUCGCUGGGUUUCAUAUUCCCAAAGUAAGUAUUAAGAUGAUACAUGGUACCUUGGGAGGAAACCAUAUUGAUUCCCAACCUGACUUUGAAUGUCUUUUAAAAUCUAUAUUGGAACUGUGCUUUUGUGGGACUUCGUUGGAUGAAUUCCUUAAUAAUGAGAAGUAAAUAUUGCUUUCAGAACAUAUCCUUGCUCUGUCAGGGGAUAGAGGCUUAGUACUACUAUAAUUUCAAAGAGAAUACAGUGGUACCUCUGGUUACGAACUUAAUUCAUUCCGAAGGUGUGUUCUUAACCUGAAACCGUUCUUAACCUGAGGUACCACCUUAGCUAAUGGGGCCUCCCGCUGCCACCACGCCACUACUGUGUGAUUUCUGUUCUCAUCCUGAGGUAAAGUGCUCAACCCGAGGUACUACCUCCUUGUUAGUGGAGUCUGUAACCUGAAGUAUUUGUAACACAAGGUGUUUGUAACCCGAGGUACCACUGUACUCGAAAGUGCCUUGUCAUUUUUAUCUACUUUCUUCUCUGCUUCUCCUUUGCCAGGGAACCAUAAUGCUCGCCAAUUUGACCUCUGUGCUGUUUGACAAGGAUCAGUGGGAAACACCCAAUGAGUUUAAUCCUGGCCAUUUCCUGGAAAAUGAUCAGUUCAUGAAAAGGGAAGCGUUCUUGCCAUUUUCUGCAGGUAAAAAAGUUCAUGGGCUGCUCAUCAGAACUGCAACAGUGACAAUAUGAUGGUGAUUUGGUUGCUGAGAGCCUUGUGUAUUGCUGGGGUUACCACCCUAUUGGGACCAGUGGUCACAUUUGGGAUUUUGAGGAAGUGCUCUGUGUGCAUGUCACAAAAUGGCUGCCAUGGGAGGUGGGAUGUUACAUGAAAUGGUGUUGAUAUACUCCCCCCCCUCCACCCAGUAAGCAAGCAGUUUGGAUUUUUUUAGGGAAUAUUUACUGGGACCUUUCUCAGUUGCCCUAGAACAGAAACCUACUUCCAUCUGGAACUUGAGCAACUAACUCUGUUUGCCACACCCUUAGCUACAUAAGCUAUAUGCAGAUUAGGGGGAUUCCUAAUAAAAUAUAAUUGAAAUUGAAAUUUUCUCCAAAACUACAUAUGAGAGAAAUUUAUGUUAAUUGAAAUGUAUCUAUUCCAAAUUCUCAAAAACCAUGAUCAUAUUUGUUCAGUGUUCCCAUUUGCUUCACUAGGAAGUACAGAGGACUGGUUUCUAUCUUUAUUUUGUAAUAACAUACUGUUUUAAAGUAUUUGUUCUCUCAGUGCUGUUUUAAACUGUGCAGCUGUUUACUGUAGCAAAGCUCUCCACUGAAAAAGUCUCUUUCUCCCUCUCUUCUAGGAAAGCGAGCUUGUCUGGGAGAGCAGUUGGCAAGGACUGAGCUCUUUCUUUUCUUCACUGCCCUAAUUCAGAAGUUCACUUUCCAAGCUCCAAAGAAUGAGACAUUAAGCCGUGAAUAUAGGAUGGGUUUGGCAUUGUCUCCCCUGCCAUACCGGAUAUGUGCAUUCUCUCGCUAA